CUAUUUUACCGCAAAUUAUUACUGCUAGAAUAAAACGCACUGAUAAUCUCAACGUAAAAAUUAAUUUAACGAGUUAAGUUUUCUGCUGCUACAUUCGUUUGAUACAAAAAUAAUUUGAAUAAUUUAUUUUUUUAAUAUUGAAUGGCGUUAAAAAAGUAAUUGCGAGAGAACUUUUGGUUUAUUGUAUUUUUCAUGGUUUUACAUGAGAAAAACUGUUUUCUGCCUUAUUUUUUCCUUCAUCGGGCUCUAUUCAAAAUUUAUCAAUUUUGAUUUUAAGAUCAAUUGUGAAAAAAAAAAUUGGCCUGUGUAAAACUUGAUUUGAGAAUCUUAGUUUUAAAAAAUUCAAUUGUUCUUAAAUCUUCUAUAAACUCAAACCAUUAUACUUCCUAGACUUCUCUAUUCAGUCUAUAAAGCGUCUCCACAUCUGUAUAUUCAAGUAUGCCCAUUGAACGGGUCCCGAUAGUGCACAAGUUUGGCAUCAUCUCCCAGUCGCACCGGCUAGAGAUCCAGGAGAGGAUACUAGCAGAGGCCAAACAGGCCAAAGAAAGGAAAAAACAAGGAGGAGCAGUCACCUACAAAUCCACCAGACCUUCCUAUUUGCUGGGUGAAAUCAGCGAGGAAUUUGUGCGCAACUUCAAAUACGAGAAAGACUUGAAGAACAUCUCUAGGUUGGAGACACAGGCCGAAGAUAUUCUAAACAGAAUCAAGUUACGCCUCCAGUGCUGCGAUCAACAGACAACUACUGACUUCGAGACCAUUGCCAAGAGCUGGAUAGACCUCUCUCUGCUGUCACAAUGCACUGGGAAAACUCAAGAGACUGCUCUGGAUUUGCUCGCUCAAUCUGUUGGCAGUUGGGUUGAUGUGGACUGUGGUCUUCUGCCUGCAGUCAUGUAUCUGUGUGAGGCCACUCUCUACUGGCUCCGAUACAGACUCAUUCGGGAGCCAUACCUCAGGUCAUCCGAGGUCAAACUACUCAAGGCAGGCGAACUCGUGUUUGAUCGGCUUUUAUGCUAUUACAUAAUGGGCGAUCUGAUUGGCCACGAAAGAUUCUUGCGACGGCUGAAAGAGUACAAUGAAGGGUUCCUGGCGGAGUCGGAGGAGAGCUAUAGCAGCUACCCCACCAUAGUCCAGUGUCUCACUCACAUCUCCAGAACAGUGGAGUUGGUCAGCGCUCAUGCACACCAUGUGACGUCAUCAGAUGGUCAGAAGGAAACAGGAAACGAAAAAGAAGACGAAGAAGAUGAGAAGAACUCGCUGCCCUAUUUGUUCAAUCAGGCAAACGUUCUUAGUGACAACGAAAGCCAUUUCUACAUACAUAGUCCCAUGAUGUGGCACGUGAUCAACCUUAAAAUCCAACUCAGUCCUCCAAAUCAGAAACAUAAACCCAUUCAGACCGCUAGAGGAACCAGUGAUAUGAAGGAAAAUCUAUUGAGUUCAUCUAAGUUCAAAGAUCUUAUCUCGGUUGAGCCUGUGACAAUGAAUCACGGAAUGAAGCUACUAGCUCAAAUGGCGUCCCAAAACAUGUCAGUGCUGAAAACUAUGCAGAAAAUUGCCAUCACUCGUCACCCUGAAAACUGUACACCACAUCUUUAUCAGGAUGCGCCUGACUUUGAAAGCACUGUUUCCGUAUCAGUGCGUUCCGAUUGCAUGCUCAGCGGUACUCACCCGAAAAGUUCGCCAAAUGAAGUCAGUGAUCAAGGCAACAUGCAACCUUCAAGUGUCCUUGACGAGCUUCGAAGUCUGGAACUAAGUAUUGAUGAAGACGCUCCUAACUCGGAUCAUCGAGAAGGCGUCAACGAACAAGCUAGCACGAACCGAUCCGAGAGAAGUAUGUUGUCGACUACUCGAAUGCAGGCGAGUCUGGAGCAGAUCAAGGAGUCUGAAUUGCCUAUAAAAGACGAAGAUUUGGAACAAAUCCCAAAGACAAAAACACUGCAGGCUAAUCCCAUGCAGCACUCUGCACAAUCUCGAGCUCCGAGUAAGAGUCUGGUAACUGAAGAGGACAUUGCGUGGGAUAAUUUGGCACUAGUCGAUCGCCAUCUGUGGAACAGCGCCCCUUUCUGCAGACCCUCGCAUGAACAACUGAACUCCCCCGUGGACAGAGACGAGUUGUUGUCGCUUGACGGCACCAAAAGCCGACCGAACUUCUUCAACGAACGUCCCUCCGAAGCCCGAAGCUCGCGAAUAUUGAAUACAACUCCUAAAAAACUACUUCAACAUGAAAUGAUAGCCUCGGGACGCAGUAGUCGUUCAAGCAUCGAAGUUACCGUUAAGGCGUGGCCGAAUUUUAUUAAGUGGCCUUCGGAUUUGGCUAUUGCGUUUACGAAGCUACUCGCGCAGAUAGUCGAAAACGGAUCUAGUGCCGAGAUCCGAAAAGCGGCUUUGCUCGGUGUUUUUUGCUCAGAUGUGCUUUUCAAUACAAAAAAGUACAUGUACAGAGAUAUCGGGACGAAAAAUGUGGGAUUGAUUGAUUUGCUCUAUUUUAAUCACAAAAACUGUGAAUGGUGCUGGAUGGUUCGUUUCACUGCCCUGGAGAGUCUGAUGAGGAUCUACCAUCGCCUGGAGUCCACUCCUAACCAGGACGGACUCCGCAACAUCUGCUGGGCGGCUGUGCUGGACUCCAGCAACAGGGACCCAGACCCGCGCGUGAACGAAGCUCGGAAGCUCGGACAGACACAGAAUAAACUAGCAUCAGCAACAAGUAGUCUAAGCUCAGCUAGCCAGAAAGCGAAACCAAUCAAAUCGACGAAAAUAUCAAGCAAAUCGGUAUCUUCGGAGUUCGACCUAUUUGCUCGUAUUCUAAGCACAUACGUCAACCAGCAAACGCGCAUAGCUAAAGUCAGCAAGCAGAAAGAUGAAAAUAGCAAUGGAAAUGACCAAUUAGAAGAAACGAAGCAAGAAGAAAGGGUGAGGAAGGGGACUCUUACAACAGCCAAGCUCUCCUCGACAAUAACGCCUUUGCAAUCAAAGCUGCCGCCCGACAGCAAGGAACGAAAUCAGAAACUAUCUCUAAGGGAUGAAAUUCAGUUGCACUCUCAUUUGUGUGAGAAACCAGUGGGCGUGACAGAGAGGAACAGAGUGGGGCUCAGCCGGAUAGUAGAGGACCAGUGGAGGAAGAGUCUGCAUGUUGAGGGUCCAGACGCCAAUGUAUCCGACUCUCUCGUCUCCACUCCAGAGCCCACGCCAAAAACUAAACCACUUCAAGAGACUUCGAAUAAAGACUGAGCACUUUGUUGACAUUUUAUUUUGGCUCUUUUUUGGGGAAAAAAGAACACUUAAUUGAAUCAUAACACUUAAUUAUUUUGCGCUAUAACACAUUAUCAUAUUUGGAGUUGCGCUCCAAAAUUCAAGUCAUCCAUCGGUAUUUAGAACCUAAUUGAUUUGGAGAACAACUUCAUGCUUU